AUGACCGGAAGAUAUGCUCGGCCGGUGGUGACUGAGGUCUUGACCCUUCCCAAGGGAGUUGUACCUCGAAAAGAGAAGGAGCAGGGUCGGAGCCGGGUUUCAAGUGGGAUUGAGGGAUCAUCCAGACCACCAUUCACUACUGCCCGAUCCCAACAACCGCCAGUGCUUAGCGCACAUGCCCAGCACAUGUCAGCAAAUGCUGAUGUGGCUCGAACAUAUGCGAACCACACCGGAAGGCGCCAGAAUGAGAGGAGUGGAGGAGGGCGAGAAGGAGAUGAGGGAGAGCUUAGAGAAAGGUACCCACAAUCCCUCGGCCGCGUUCAACACCAUCAAUCUCCAGUAAAAUGUCACAGCUCAUUCCAAGCACCACAUCCCUUCGAGCUUUUGACAGACCGGCAGUGCCUGUUCGAAAAGUCGGCUCAAUGUCGACGAAGCCAUGGAGGACGAGUGCAACUCACAGUGGUGUGUAUCAGCGCCAUAUACGUUGAGCGUAUGCCUACAGCAUCGACGUCUUCCUAUCAUUCUGCACUGCUAUAUAGUAUUAAGCAAUUUUUACGCAUGAAUGCAAAAACUAUACCACCAGCUUAGAAUUCGACAUACUGUUAAAUUAAUGUGUCGAAACGACAAACAAGCUCACGGAUCAGGAAAAUGAUGCUUGAU